AUGCCUUCUGACCAAAACCCAGGAACAGAACCCCACAAGGCCAGCCUCGAGGAAUUCGAGCGAUCGAGCGACAGGAGACCCCCCUUUAUCCUGACACGAACGGAAGUUAAAUUACUGGGUAUUGCAGGGGUUGGAUUUUUCCUCGAUGCCUAUGAUCUUUUCAUCAUCAACCCAGUAGCAACCAUGCUACAAUAUCGCCUAUAUGGCGGCCAUUCCUUGCCACCAAACCUCGAAGGUCUGCUCAAAGCCAGCGCAAACAUCGGCAGCGUCGUCGGGCAAUUCGCAUUCGGCUAUCUCGCUGAUUCCCUUGGACGAAAAGCUGUCUACGGCAAAGAGUUGAUCCUCAUAAUUCUAGCCACCAUCCUCACAAUCACCACCCCCACAGGCUCCAUCUCUCCAAAUGGAUCCCUGGUCUACCUCUCCAUCUUUCGUAUCCUCCUUGGUGUGGGUGUUGGCGGGGACUAUCCCAUGUCCGCAUCCGUAGCAUCAGACCGUGCAAACAUCCGAAAACGCGGCACCCUUCUCGCUUAUAUAUUCUCCAGCCAGGGAUGGGGGAGCUUCGUCGGGAGUUUGGUCACCAUCAUUGUGCUGCUGUGCUACAAGCACGUAAUGGACGUUGAGGGGAAGACUAGCAAGGUCGAUGGAGCAUGGCGUAUCAUCGUUGGGCUAUCCCUUAUCCCCGCGUUUGCAACCUUGUACCAACGUUUGACCCUCCCAGAAUCUAGCCGGUAUCUCGCCACCCAAAAAUUGCAGACCGACGAAAAUACGGUCGAGGAGUUGAAGAAUUACGCUCGAGCUACAGAAGGCGACCAUAACAGCAAUAAUAUCGGUAAUCAACCUACAGACGAAAAGCCCGGUGUUGGCCUUCAAAGCACCAGUGAUGCGUCUUCCCACGAAGGGAAAGUCGAACACUCCGAUAAAGGUCAUGAAAUCGCCGGAGUUGCCGCCAAGAAGGCGCAUUUCCGGGAAUUCUUGCACUACUUCUCAGAAUGGAGGCACGCCAAACUGUUGAUCGGGACAUGCGCGUGCUGGUUCCUUCUUGAUGUAGCUUUCUACGGCAUCAACCUAAACCAAAAUGUUGUUCUUCAACAAAUCGGCUUCGAUGGUUCCUCUGGCUCUUCAUGGCAACGCCUCUUCAAAAUCGCCACGGGAAACAUUAUCAUUACUGCUUUGGGCUUCGUACCUGGGUAUUACGCCGCGAUAUUGACGAUCGAAAUACUUGGCAGGAAAUGGCUGCAAAUCCAAGGAUUUCUGAUGGCUGCCCUGUUCUUGGGCAUACUUGCAGGGAAAUUCCAUACUCUGAGUACCGCGGCCUUCGUUUGUUACCCUGCGGAAGUAUUUCCAACACGUUUCCGCGCCUUCGCGCACGGUAUAUCAGCAGCUGCUGGGAAAGCAGGCGCUAUCAUAUCCGCUCUCGUGUUCAACCAACUCAGCAAAGAUAUAGGCACACCAGCCGUUUUGUGGAUUUUCUUUGCGUGCUGUGUCGCUGGCGCAUUCUUCACAUUGCUUCUUCCCGAAGUGAAAGGACGUGACCCAGAUUUGAUUCUGAUCGAAGAGAUGAAGGAGGGAAGGAAAUCUAUGUCGACGUGA